AUGGGUGCUGGCAGGAGGUCCCAGUGCUCUGAAGCCCAAUGCAUUGGUUACAGCAAAGUAGACGCUUUUCUGGUGAGCCCAGCAGUAGUCACUGAUUGGGUCAAACUGUGGCACUUCGACUGGUUGUGCUAUUUGCGCCUCUUUGGCGACUGUCGCUCCCUAUUCACCGCAAAGCCUCAGUCACCGUCCACCACAUCGACCGGUGCACUGACAGCAACCACAUCGACACCAUCGACAGGCAAGAAGGGGACAGUCAUUACAUCGGAAACACUCGACAAUUCUACCGAAAAAUUGAUUCAAAAAAUAUUUGCUAAACAAAUGGAUACCAAAGAGUUUCGUCGUCGCGGAAAACAAAUGGUUGAUUACAUCGCAGACUAUUUAGAGACAAUCUCUCAAAGACGAGUCACGCCUGAUGUCGAACCCGGAUAUCUCAAAGAUUUUCUUCCAGACUCAGCCCCUAAAAGGUCCGAAGAUUGGGACAAGAUUAUGAUUGACUUCGAGAAGUAUAUAAUGCCCGGAGUCACCCAUUGGCAGCACCCGAGGUUUCACGCGUACUUCCCGGCCGGCAAUUCCUACCCUUCAAUCCUCGCAGAAAUGCUCUCCGAUGGCAUCGGAUGUGUCGGCUUUUCAUGGGCUUCCAGUCCUGCCUGUACUGAAUUGGAGAUCAUAAUGUUAGACUGGAUCGGAAAAAUGAUUGGUUUGCCGGAGGAAUUCCUUUGCCUCUCAGAUCAUAAAAGCAAAGGCGGGGGAGUUAUACAGGGCUCAGCGAGUGAUUGUGUGUUAGUGUCACUGUUGGCGGCGCGACAUAAUGCCAUCCGAGUCCUCAAACAACAGCAGCCCUUCAUAGAGGAAGGCAUACUACUCUCGAAAUUAAUAGGAUAUUGUUCUAAAGAAGCUCACUCGUGUGUGGAGAAGGCAGCGAAAAUCGCUUUUAUAAAACUCAGGAUUCUCGAUACGGACCAGAAUUUUACGUUAAGGGGAAUGCCAUUAGAGAAAGCCAUGCAAGAGGAUCGCGAAAUAGGUUUAGUGCCGUUCUUUGUGUCGGCCACUCUCGGCACCACUUCCUGCUGUUCCUUCGAUGCAAUCAAUGAGAUCGGACCUGUCUGUCAACGGGAAGUUGAACAUAAGAUGAAAGCCAUGCAAGAGGAUCGCGAAAUAGGUUUAGUGCCGUUCUUUGUGUCGGCCACUCUCGGCACCACUUCCUGCUGUUCCUUCGAUGCAAUCAAUGAGAUCGGACCUGUCUGUCAACGGGAAGGUGUUUGGCUUCACGUGGACGCCGCUUAUGCUGGCAGUGCUUUCAUAUGUCCUGAAUUUCAAUACCUCAUGUAUGGCGCAGAGUAUGCCUCAUCAUUUAACAUGAAUCCUAACAAAUGGAUGUUGGUCAAUUUUGAUUGCUCUCUGCUCUGGGUUAAGGAUCGGUUCAAACUAACUGAGGCACUGGUAGUCGAUCCCCUGUAUCUGCAACACAGCUAUUCUGAAAAAGCAAUUGAUUAUCGCCACUGGGGUAUACCUCUCAGCCGUAGGUUCCGAAGCCUUAAACUAUGGUUUGUUAUUCGCAACUAUGGAGUGGAAGGACUGCAAAAACUAUACGUGGUUCAGGGCUCGAACACUAUCAACCAGAAGCUGUUGUCGUCGAUCAAUGCCUCGGGAAAGCUUCAUAUGGUUCCCGCGUCUCUCAACGACCACUACGUUAUCCGGUUCUGUGUCUGCGCCCAACGCGCCACUGACCACGACAUCGAUCACGCAUUUCAUGUGAUCAGUCAGUUUGCGUCAGACCUGUUUGAGAUCAUCGAAAUGGACACCAAAGCACGCAAACAGGUGGCGGAGGAGCAGAAGGAGAACGUGGAGGACGAGGCCGUGGAUGAGGUGUUUAUGUUGGACCGCAAGAGGAAAAUGAGUCUCAGAUAUAAACGAAGUUUCUUCGUUCGCAUGGUUUCCGACCCUAAGCUCUAUAACCCAAAGAUAGUCCGCGCCCUCUCUUCCUCUGGUAAUACCAGAAGACAUACAUCAGAUCCGGCAGAUUCUGACACUAAUCUCAUUCAAUAUACAACUCCCGUCUAA